AUGCGCGCUUCCAUUCUGUCGCUUGCGGCGCUCCUCGUCGCUGCGAGCGCGCAGCUGACGCCCCAGCUCAUCCCGCUCCUCGCAAAUGCCAAUUCGGUCGACCUGUUCCCCAUGGGCGAUUGUCACGGCUUCCAACUGGAAGAGGCCACCAUUGACCAGAUGCAGGAGGCUAUGAACAAUGGCAACCUGACGUCGGUGCAGCUGGUGGGAUGCUAUCUGACCAGAGUGUUUCAGACUCAAGAAUACAUCAACUCCGUCCUGCAAGUCAACCCUGACGUCUUCGCCAUCGCCGCCGAGCGCGAUGCGCAGCGCGCGGCCGGCCAGGCCAAGGAUCGUCCUCUGCACGGCAUCCCCUUUACCCUCAAGGACAACAUUGGCACCAAGGACAACCUGGAGACGACGGCGGGCAGCCUGGCGCUGCUGGGCAGCAUCGUGCCCCGCGACGCGCACGUCGUGGCCCGGCUCCGCGAGGCCGGCGCCGUGCUCCUCGCCAAGGCCACGCUCAGCGAGUGGGCCGACAUGCGCAGCAGCAACUACUCCGAGGGCUUCUCCGGCCGCGGCGGCCAGUGCCGCAGCUCGUACAACCUGACGGUCAACCCGGGCGGCAGCAGCUCCGGCAGCGCCGUCGGCAUCGCCGCCAACGUCGCCGCCUUUUCGCUCGGCACCGAGACUGACGGCAGCGUCAUCAACCCCGCGUCCCGCAAUGCCCUGGUCGGCUUGAAGCCUACUGUCGGCCGGACCUCGCGCGCCGGCGUCAUCCCGGAGACGGAGCACCAGGACUCGGUGGGCACGUUUGGGCGCACUGUGCGCGACGCCGUGUACGCUUUUGACGCGAUCCACGGCGCGGACCCGCGCGACAACUACACGCUCGCCGACGGCAUCAAGCCCGCGCCCAAGGGCGGCUACGCCUCGCUGCUGGCCAAGAAGUCGGCGCUCAAGUGCGCGCGGUUCGGGCUGCCGUGGAUGAGCUACUGGCGGUUCGCCGACGACGAGCAGCUGGCGGCGCUCACGCGGCUGCUGGACAUGAUGCGCGCGGCGGGCGCCACCAUCAUCAACGGGACCGAAAUCACCGACCACGAGACCAUUGUCAGCCCCAACGGCUGGGACUGGGACUGGGGCGUGACGUCGCGCGGCCGCGCCAACGAGUCGGAGCUGACGUACGUCAAGAUCGACUUUUACAACAACAUGAACAAGUACCUGAGCGAGCUCACAAACACGAACGUGCGCACCGUCGACGACAUUAUCCAGUACAACUUUGACAAUGACGGCGCCGAGGGCGGCCACCCGUGGCCCCGAGGCCACCCGGCCUACUUCUCGGGCCAGGACGUCUUCCUCGCCUCGCAGGCGACCAAGGGCGUCCAGGACGAGACGUACUUCCAGGCGCUGGGCUACUGCCAGUCGACGGCGCGCAGGGGCAUCGACGACGCGCUCCGCCACAACGGCACGCGGCUCAACGGUCUGCUCGUGCCCCCGGCCGUCGGGCAGAGCUACCAGCAGGCCGCGCAGGCCGGCUACCCGGCCAUUACGAUUCCCGUCGGCGUGAGCUCCGACUCGGGCAUGCCCUUUGGUCUCGCCAUUUUGCAGACGGCCUGGCGCGAGGACGAGCUGGUCAAGUGGGCGAGCGCCAUUGAGGACUUGCAGCUCACUUCCAACACGACGCUCAAGCGCACCCGUCCUACUUGGCGUGGCCAUCUUACGCGCAACGUUCCUGUGCCGUUUUGA